AUGGCAAGCCAUCCGCUCCUGGUCCCGAUCAUGACGCCGUCUCCUCUACGUGUGGCCGAGCCGGCGGUAGGCUCGACAGCCUCCCUGUACGUGGGUGACCUUGAGAAGGGUGUCACGGAGGGGCAGCUAUACUCCAUCUUCAGCCAGGUCGCGCCCGUGGUUUCUCUCCGCGUCUGCCGCGACAUCGCCGGCAGGUCAUUGGGUUACGGUUACGUCAAUUUCAACUUGCGGGAGGACGCCAAUCGUGCAUUGGAAUAUUUAAAUUUUACGCCUAUCAAUGGAAAUUCUAUCCGGGUUAUGUUCUCAAAUAGGGACCCAACACUACGAAGAAAUGGAAUGGCAAAUGUGUUCAUCAAAAAUCUUGAGGUAAACAUUGACAACAAGGGCUUGAACGACAUGUUUUCUAGCUUUGGCACCAUUCUUUCAAGUAAAGUGGCCACUUAUUUAAAUGGUCAAUCAAAAGGAUAUGGUUUUGUUCAAUUCACAAAUGAGAAAUCUGCUAUGGAUGCCAUCAACGGUUUGAAUGGCACGGUGGCCAAUGGCAAACAAAUUUUUGUUAGUCUCUUCAUCCGGCGUCAAGAGAGGCAAAACGUUCAAGUGGGCAUGUUUACAAAUGUGUACAUAAAGAACUUUCCGAAAGAAUUCACGGAUGAUAACUUACGUCAAGAGUUUGCACCAUUUGGUGAAAUUACUAGUGUUCUAGUUAUGAGAGAUGCUGAUGGGAGUUCUAGAUGUUUUGGCUUUGUUAACUAUAAGAGAUCAGAAUGCGCCAUUGAAGCUAUUAAAAAUCUUAAUGGGAAGAUGGUCAAUGAUUUGAUUAUGUAUGUUGGAAGAGCUCAGAAAAAGGAAGAACGGCAAGCUGAGCUGAAGGCCAAGUUUGAGCGCGAGAGAAAUGAAAAAUUCAAACAGCUUGAAGGACUCAAUUUGUAUAUGAAGAAUCUAGAUGAUAGUAUUGGUGAUGUACAUCUGAGAAACUUAUUUGAAAACUUUGGCGAGAUAGGGUCAUGCAAGGUUAUGGUAGAUUCACACGGAAGGAGCAAGGGUUAUGGCUUUGUGUCAUUUAAAACUGUUGAAUCUGUACACAAAGCUAUUAACGAAAUGAAUGGAAAGUUGUUUGGAAGAAAACGGCUGUACAUUUGUGUGGCUCAACGGAAGGAGGAAAGAAGAGCAAUACUACAGAUGGUUCACCCAAUUUUGAAUCAAGACGUCACAUACAUGAAUGGAGCUGCAACGGCCGCGAUGGUUCCCCUACGUCUCUCGACUUCCAUUGUAGCCCAUGGCUUCACACAAGCUGAUAUUACUGUCCCUUCUCCAUAUAAUGCAAACAACAACAACGCUCUAGCUUCUGUUGAUGCAGAGAAACAACAUGAGAUUCUGGGUGAGAAGUUGUACUCGUUGGUUGAACAAGUGGAGCCUGAAUUUGCUGCAAAGGUAACUGGGAUGCUACUUGAGCUGGAGAAGACUGAGGUCCUUCAUCUGAUAGAGUCUGCGAGUGAUCUCCGGGUUAAGAUUUCACAAGCAAUAGAAGCUCUGCAACAAAGGAAAGUAGAAGAAUUCGGUGAUGCUGCUGACCUUGCUUCCGCACUGUCAUCCUCGAAUGCUUCACACGACACUACCGACCUCGAUUCUGCACCGUCGUCCUCGAGUGUUUCUGACGACUCUGCUGAACUCGCUUCCGCGCCUUUGUCAUCCAAUGCUUGA